AUGUCUGCCCCCAAGCUGAAACUUUCCUACUUCGACAUUGAAGGUGCUGGCGAACAGGUGCGCCUAGCCUUUUCACUUGCUGGGAUUCCCUUCGAGGAUGACCGCGUCAAGUUUCCAGAGUGGAAGGAGCUGAAGCCGAAGACUCCCUACGGCAAGCUUCCCAUUCUUACCAUUGAUGAUGGAGAGAUGAAAACUCAAAGCCAAGCAAUGCUUCGAUAUGCCGCUUCAAUCGAUCCCACUGGAACCUUGUAUCCCACGGAAAAGCUUUACGAAAUCGAGGAAUGCCUUGGAUUGGUCAAGGAUUUGCAAGACUCCUGGACUCCAAGACUAUACAUUGGCAUGAGACCAUCUACUUUUGGCUACCCAGAAGACUUCACGAAGACUGAAGAAGGCAAGGCUAAAGUGGAGACUAUGCGCAAGGAAUGGGUCGAGAAAGAAUUGCCUGAAUUCCUCUCCUGGAUUGCCGCCAAAAUUGAAAAGAAUGGAGGGACAUUCAUGUGUGGCGGCGAUAAGCCAACUAUUGCUGACUGCGUCCUCGUUCCAAUCCUUCGAGGCUUUACUAAGGGCCACGUUGACCACGUCGACACUGAAUGCAUCAAGAAGAACAGCCCCAAGCUCGUCGAGUACGUCGAAAGAUUCUGUGCAUUGCCAGAAAUUAAGGGCCGUUACACAAGUGGCCUCGGUAGCGCCUAA